AUGCAGGCCAUACCAGACGCUCGCCAUCAGACAUUCGAGGAGAUCUAUGGACCUCCCGAGAACUUUUUGGAAAUCGAAGUGAGGAAUCCCCAAACCCAUGGCACAUCUCGCAAUAUGUAUACCUCGUAUGAGAUCGUCUGUCGGACCAAUAUACCUGCCUUUAAAUUGAAACACUCAGUCGUUCGCCGUCGGUACUCGGAUUUCGAAUACUUUAGAGACAUCCUGGAGAGAGAGAGCGCUCGUGUCACGAUACCACCACUUCCAGGCAAGGUGUUUACGAACCGUUUCAGUGAUGAUGUGAUCGAACACCGUAGAGAAGGGCUACAGCGGUUUUUGCAAAUAGUGGUCGGCCAUCCUUUACUUCAGACAGGGAGCAAAGUGCUAGCCAGCUUUGUGCAAGAUCCAAAUUGGGACCGAAAUGCAUGGUGA